AUUCGCGCAUAGGCUAUUGACAGGGCAACAUAUUUGGGUUUUGUGGAGAUUGAAACCGGAUAUUUUUCCUUGAUUGUGCCGUUGUGAUCUGUUUUUCUUUCCGAUACGCCGACGACUUUGCCAUGGUUUCUUCUGGUGGGAGUUUGGAUGCCGUGAUAGAAGGGGUCAAUUCAAGUUUGGAUAAGUUAAACCUGUGGCUUGGAGGUAGAAAUCUCAGCAUUAAUGUUCAGAAAUCAUCAGCAGUAGUUUUCACCAAACACCUACGUCCCCCUCCUCACCCGGAUAUUUCUCUGAACUUCCUUCCCAUUCCUUGGAAACACCAGAUUAAAUACUUGGGCGUUACUUUCCAGCAAAAAUUGAAAUGGGACGCACAUAUCGAUCUCAUGUGUUCCAGAGCGAUUUCCCAAUGUAAAAUUAUAAAGAGUCUAUGUAAGCCCUCUUGGGGUUCGCACCCCUCGAUUCUUCUGAAUGUGUACAAAGGUCUUGUGCGUCCGUAUCUCGAUUUCGGCGGCAUUCUGUACGGGAGGUGCUCAAGAGCGUCACUUUCCAAGUUAGAUAGGGUGCAAUUCGCGGCCUUAAGGUCCGCUUUGGGCCUCAUGAGAUCCACCCCCACGUCAGUUAUCCUGGCAGAGAGUGGUGAACUUCCUCUUAAGUUUAGACGAUUGUGGCUCUCUUUCAAAUUCGUUUCCAAGCUCAUUCGCCUGUCUUCUCAUCCCCUCUCGGAGAUUCUUCGGUAUCCGGAAUUUCUUGAUGGUUUGUGGUUCAACGGGACUGUCCCUGGCUAUGUUCAAGCCUUCAAAUUGCUGAAGGAUAAAUCCAACGAUAUUUGGCGAGCACCCUGUCUUCCUUUUUUUCUUUCAGACUACCGAAACAGAUCAGGAAGAGUGUAUCAUCUUAUCUCCGAUCUCCAGAAGGGUUCAGCCUUGAACCAGCAAAAACUGCUCUGUUUGCUUUCGGAGAGGUUUCAGGGUUUUACAGAACUCUAUACUGAUGCUUCAAGGGUUAGUCAGCCAGAAUCUGUGGGGUACGGUGUUUGGAUUCCUUCGUCGAGAACUAGAAUUUGCGGUAAGCUUCCGGAUCACUGGUCGAUUUUUUCGGCUGAAAUGUUCGCAGUCAAUAGAUCUAUUAAUUGGAUUCUGGAGAAGAACAUUCACAGGUCAGUUAUUAUUUCAGACUCCCAAAGCGUAAUCAGUAAAUUGGGUAGCGGUUCGAUCAACGCUAAUUCGGAUAUUUUCACUGUCAGUUCUAUAAUCCUUUUAGACAGGGCCAGAUCUAUGGGUUUCCAGGUGUCUCUUUUGUGGGUCCCUAGCCACUCUAACAUUCUUAACAACGAUAUUGCGGAUGAGUUGGCCAAUCGGGGCAGACAGUUGUUGGGCCGUUCGGGUUUAAAGGGCGAUCCAAGGGAUUUUUGGCCUGCAUAUAUCGCGGAAAUCUGGGGUAUUUGGGAUGACGAAUACUUCAAUAUAGGUUUAACGAAGGGUAAGAUUUACGCAGCUUUCGUCAGACCAAGUAAAUACCGUGUAAAACCUUGGUUCCGCAAUAGAUCGACUUCAAGGAAGUCAAUAACUUCUUUAACGCGCUUGAGAUCGGGUCACUGCUCAAUCCCAGAUCAUUUGGCCAGAAUUGGUGUGGUUGAUUCCCCUUUAUGCAGCUGUGGGGAGGUGGGAAACAUGAUGCACCUGUUUCUUUCCUGCGAUGGAAACAGAUACAACGUGGAAAUAUUAUAUGAGGGGUUAUCCUCACUUGGUCUUAGUUUGCCCAUUAACAUCUAUGAGGCUAUCUUCUCCCAUAGAGAAGAGAUAACGAGCUUAUUAUUGGAAUUUCUUAGAUGCUCGAAUUUGCAUGUAUAGCUUGUAGAUUUUGGAGUCAUAUGGUAUGUUAACAGUUCAGCAUUAUAAU